AUGACUCUGGCUGAUCCGUGGGGUAGUAGUGAUUCCAGCAAUAUACAAAACUCUACCUUCCUGCAGUUCGAAGAUAAUUUCGAGCUUACGGACGUUUGCGUCAGCAGUCAUAGUUCCCUGCAGCAGCCACAAGACGGUCGACUACCAGAUUCCGAUAGCUACUUGGCACUUCUGGAACGCAAAUUGAGCAAGCUCAAGACCAACCCGACUGUAUUGGAACAAUUGACCGAAAGACGAGAGGCUUGUAUGCAAUAUCUACUGAACGACAGUCAACUUUCUUGCCGUACCGAUUCCGAUUUGAAUUUGGAAGAACCAGUAAACAAUCACGAAUUGCUCCGUUUUAUCAGACCGGAGCAGGCACUUUCUGUUGCGGAACUUGUUCAUCUCGUUAAAUACGACCAUCUCGAACCGGAGCCGGCUGAGCAGGAACAGGAGCGCUGCAGGGAAGGCGAGGAAAGCGGAACAGAAAGCUCGACCAGCCGCUAA